UGUUCAUUUGUAAAAAACUUGAGAUUGCCUCAUGUCUAUUCUUGUUCGUAUUUGCUUGUUUGAAACUGAGCCAUGUCUAAUACACUGUUAAAAGACUUAAGAUAGUAUUAUGCUCCCUUUUGCCUUGUUGUAACCUGUUGGGAGUCCGGAACCAAAAUACCCUCAAAAAAACAUUUUGAACCAAAAUACCCCAACAAAAAAAGAAGAAGUUACCAAAGCACCUUUAGCGCAGUAUUUUACUGCGCUAUAGCACUUGAUGGAGACGGAUCAAAGCAAACAUUUUAUUUAAAUUAACAACAUAAUAUAAUACAAUAGGUAACAACCAUCCAAACAGGUUGUAAACGAUUAUGAAAUGUUAAUCUAUAUAAUUUCAAAAGCGUGAAUAUAUAUAUGUUAAAUAAAAAAAGAUUAUCUUAAAAAGAAUAGUUAAAGUUCUUUUUUUCAUAAAUACAUAAGCUAACGAAAAAAAUGUAAAGUUUAUAGGAAAAUAUGUGGUCGACGAAUAUACUCUUUUAGUUUAAUUUUAUCGUAGUUGUGUUGGCUAUUUGCUCAACUAAAAAUAUAUCACAUAUUCAAAAUAGAGUUCCAAACAAAUAUUACUGCUGAAUUUCGAUUAGUUAAUAUAAUGUAUCUUUCAUUUCAAGAAUAAUGACUAAUUUAGUUUGUACAGACCGGACUCUUUCAUGGAUUCGAAUGUUCCCCCUGGACCCGAUGUUCCCCCGGCGCCCGAUGCUCACCCUGGGCCCGCUGUUCACCCGAGGCCCGCUGAUAGAUCAGUAUUAUCUUUGCAAGACAAUCAUAGGUCAGAGUUAUUAUGAGCCGGUACUAUAGGGAUAUCUACUAGGUUCCGUUCCCGUAGGCUGCAGAGUGCGUGGGCUCUUUUACGCGAGCACCCCCCACACUCUCGCGUGUUGGAGAUAUUGUUUCGGGGCGGCAUCUAUCGUUGCGUGUCCGUUGGUUGGGUACAUCAUGAUUAGGCGCUCAUCACGGCCAUGGUUGAGCGGUGGAGACCAGAGACACAUACCUUCCAUCUUCGCACUAGUGAGGCCACGAUUACGCUUCAGGAUGUGGAGGUCCUCUUUGGAUUGCGGGUAGAUGGAGAGCCACUGUACACUCGGUACGAGCCUCCUCCUGGUAGGACAUGGGUGACGGAGUUGACUAGACUCACCCACUUCGUGCCUGAUGCCGCGGCCCAGAUCUCGACACAGAGUCGGGUUCAGCUUAGUGCACUCUGCACUUAUUUGGAGGGUCUGGAUCCGGUUGAUGACGGCACCCCGUAGGAUGAUGUUGAUCGGCAUGCUCGUUUGUACCUGCUUAUUAUAUUCGAGGGCAUCUUGUUCCCGAAUUCAUCGGGUGCCUUUGUCAGUUUACGUUACUUGGUGUUCUUGGAGCAUCUGGACCGCUUGGGAGACUACAGCUGGGGCGGUGCUGUUUUGGCGUAUCUUUACAGAUGCCUGUGUCGAGCGUCUAUUGGUGCUGUCAGAGAUGUAUGUGGAUUUUUUGUUCUUCUCCAGUUAUGGGCGUGGGAGAGGAUGCUGCCUUUUCAGCCGGUACCUAGGCAUCACCUUGAGAUUGACAUGCCUUAUGCGAGGAGGUGGAUAACGGGUUUUGACCGGGAUGUCGAUACUCACCACUGCCUCUUCCAUUCCGGGACCAGCUUGAUCACAUGACGGACGAUGCGAUGGACGCUGUACGCUACUAUAUUAGAUGGUUUACCCCCCUUCUGUAGGGCAGGUCAGGGGGUUUGGAGGUCGCGGUGUCCAUUAAUACACAUGGACAUCGUAGAGGAUCACAUGCCCGAGCGUUUCUUACGAUAGUUUGGGCAUACACAGAGUAUACACUCUGAUGUCCGUCAUGAGCUCCGACACUACCAGCGGGAUGAUCGGGCUGCCGUUGAUGAUGAUUUUUUUGCUUUCAUGGAUGUCCAGCUCCACCGUUGGGAGAACAGGUUGGGCACUUUAGCGGUGGUCGGCCAUUUGACUCCCAUUGAGCAGUACAUGCGCUGGUAUCAUCAGAUCACAUGCCGAUUGAUCGGCAACCCAGCUCUGCGUCCCCCUAGGGAUGUAGGAUACUCAGCACUCGCGGGGCAGUACAUGGCAUUGCUGGUGGCCGUACAACGUUUACGCAUCUUAGGGUUAGAGCAUAUGCCUUACCCUGGGCUUGCGGGGCUUGCCGCGGAGAUGGUUAGGAUUCCGAGGAUAGUAUUCGCCAGGCAGGCGAGAUUAAGCGCAUGGUGGAGCCAGUUCUGGAGGCUGAGUAUCAGGCAGCACCGGGUGCUCCCAGAUGAAGCGGUCGUGCUGGCAGAGGAUACCGUGCUGCCGGAGGACGCCGUGCGCGUAGAGGAUGCGGCGCUGCUUCUAGAGGACCUGGUGGUGGAGGACACCAUCUGGUAGAUGAGGCGGAUGAGGCCGAUCCCAUUCCAGAGGGUGUUCACGGUCUAGUCCAUCCGCAGCCCUUCCAAGCCGGUGGCAGCUCACCUACGUUUACGCCGGCGCUCUUACUUGCUGAGAUACCCGGGUCUUCAUCACAGACGGGCCAGGAUGCAUACAUGGAGGAGCGUGAUAACAUUGAUUGGGCGGCGUUACGUGCUUCAUUAGCUGAUGAGCGGCCUGUGAGGAAUUUAGAGGGAGCCCGGAUUCUUGACUUCGAUGAGUUUUUGAUCCUGAUUAGUAUUUAAAUUAUUUAUUUUAAAUAUAUAUAUAUAUAUAUAUAUAUAUAUAUAUGUUACUCAUUAUUUAGUACUAUUUUAUAUUUUAGGAUUCGGCGCCAGCGGGUCCACCAGACCCACCCACUCAGGCAUUUUCUCAUGGGCCUGUCGAGCUAGCGAUGUCUUCCCAUGUGACUGUCGAGCCACAUGAUUUGGCGCCAGUGGGUCCACAGGAGCUGCCCAUUCUGGAGCAUUCUCAUCAGCCUGCCGAGGCAGAGGUGUCUUCUCAUGAGACUACCGAGGCACAUCAUGUCGUCCAGGAGACUACCUCAUAUUCACCACCACACCCAUCUCAGGUGCCUACAGACCCAUCUCAGGAGCCUACUCAGGCGCCCGUUGACACACAUGUUCAUCCUUCGGCGCCUGCGGUGGCGACUCCCGACGAGGAAGAGGUCAAGUUUCCAGACCCAGCUCAGCCUGAGGUUCUGAGCGUGCCAGCGGGAACAGAUCCCAAGAAGAAGCACGUUCUAGUUAAGGGCGCAAGGGUUAGGGGAAGAGGAGAUGAUCAUGGCUUGGAGCGCCGGGUUAUUAAGACGAAAAAGAGCGAUGGAGACGAUGGCGAGGGCGGUGGGGAUGGUAUGAUCCUUAGGCCUAGGGAUAGUCUCCGGCAUACUACAUGUGGGACCCAUCCUCGAUAGUGUAAAUACAUUAGUGUUGUACAAUUUAUCGUAAAUAUUAUCUA